CAGGUAGAACAGGUACAGUAAACAGACAGGUCGUACUGAGGGAGAGAGCAGGUGGAGACACAACAAAGGGACCAGCAGCUGUAUACACCACUAAUUUACUUAUUUCGCCGUCAAGAUGAAGAUCGCGCACGUUUUUCUCUUGCUGACUGUGGGUGUCAUGUCGGUCGUGAUUUUCCAGGCCGGACACCAGGAGAUUAAACUGAUUAAUUUCAGAGCCCGCAUUGUGGACAGCGAGGCGGAGAGGGUGAGGGAAGAGCAUGCCAUCGGCGUGCUGAAAACCGAGAUCGAGCAGCGGAAGAAAACGGUGAUACAAAUGAACACCAGCAUACUAAAUAUCAGGAAGAAGAAGCAAGACAUUGAACAAUUAACAAAGGACUUCACCCAACGUGUUCAGAGCUGUAACAGUGAGAAGGUAGGAGCCGAGAACAAGAAGACAGAAACGGAAGCUGCUAUUGAAGGCCUUAAAGGUCAUGAAGAGGCUAAACUGAAGGCAGCAGCAGAAAUUCAGGCGUUGAAACAACAGAUUUUGGAGAGAGACAUAGCUAUUUGUGUCUUUGCAGAUACAACCAAAGACGAAGCGAGGUCGCUGUGUGGAAUGCCUCAAGCUGUACAAUUAAGUUAACUCAGAAACACUGAACUUUGACUUCUUUAAAAAAGGAAGCUGGCCACGCAAAGAAGAUUAGACUCUGUAAUAUCUCUACAGCUCUGUUCAGUUUCUUAUGGGAAAAUAAAAACUGUAGCUUUAGGAAAACAAAACAACAACAAACUCUGUACAUUCAUUAAUUGGACAAAAGUGGUAAAAUUGGUUACAUGGUUUUGUAGCAUUUUUGUAAUAUGAUUGUUUUAAUUAGAUCUAGUCAUGUCUAUUGUCUCUGUUAACCCCUUUGAUGCUUAUGAUUACAUUUGUUACACAUAAAGGAUUUUCAGUAUCAAA